AUGCCUCGCAACAGGCACAACCACACGAGGGAGGGGGCGAGGAUGAAGAAGCUGGAGCGGCAGGUGCUCGAUGUCUUCGCGGACAUGGUAGAAGCAGUGGCGCUGCCGGCGCCUCCAAUUCCACCGACAGCGGACACUGAUUGGCGCGCGACAGUAGACUCCGCAGAUCCCGCUGGAGCUCCAGCCACGCCCCGAAGCCCAUCCUACAGCAAGUUAAGCCCCGAACAAUGGCGCGAACGUGCGCACAAGGCUGAAGAGGAAGCGACUGACCUCUAUAACACCAUUGUUGAGCGCGACACUGAGAUCGCCGUCAUCACGAAGGAGCGGGACGAGAAAAAGAACGAGCUCACCAAGGCGAACGCCGCCGCCGCAACCCACUCCGACACACUCGACGCCAUCGAGACGCAAGCUAGUGAGGCAAUCGCGAAGGCCAAACUCGAGUUACAACAUGCGCAAGACGAGAUCCAUGAGCUGAAGACGGCACACCAGAAAGAGCUCGCUGACCACAAGGCGAAGGAGGCGCAGGCCAAGCAGCUGGUCACCAGUGCAUACUCGGAUGUGGAUGGUAAACAAGCGAGGAUCGACAGGGUGACGAAGGAGCGCGACGACGCUGUCGCACUGAGCGCCGCACACGAUGACGUGCUGAAGCAGACACAAGAGAGAUUCGCACAGCACCAAAUCAACGAUGUGAACGGAUUUCUGGAGCUCAUUUUGGAAGAGGUGGCGCCUGUACUACGCGAGCAAGACCUCGACGUGACACCAAAAAACAUUCUCGAGCAAUUCUUACAGGCAAGAAAUGGAGCAAACAUCAAGCGCGUCGAGUCUGGCGCCAGUCUCCACACCCGCAACGACUCUCACCACCGCGGCAGUCGCAAAACAUCUCUCCAUCACGAGCUCAGCAGCUCUGCCGAUGAUGACGAUACCGCAUACCUGUUCGAGGACACCGGCGCGGACCUGUUCUCGAAGCCCUUCGAAGAAUCGACGCCAUUGAAGAAGCCGAGGGCAAGAUCCCCGAUGCCAUGGCCGGAACAGGGCAAAUUGCUACUGCCGCCGAACCCAGUGCGCGAUGCGAAGCCAGUGCAGGACGCGAAGCCAGUGCAGGACGCGAAGCCAGUGCCCGACGCGCCAUCACUCGAGCAAUUGAAGAAAGACCAUGCCGAGCUGCAGAAGAAGUUCAGGGAAAGCAGAGCGCGUGAACUCGAGUCAUCCGAGUCCGCGGCGCGCUUGACGGCCGACCUAGAGCUGGAGUUGAAGGACCUGCGCGCCACGCUCUCCAAGCAGAACAAGAGCACCGCGCCACUGGAGCCGGUGCCCUCGGUUCAUCAUGAAAUUGAAAAUGCGGAACUGCGCGUCGAGAUUGAAGCGCUUCGCACCACACUCAAGGAGAAGCUCAAUGCCCCGGCUACCCAAUACACGAUCAUCACCCCCGGCAAGGCAACCCUGUGGGAGAGCCUCACGCAGCUACCAUGGUGGAUGAAGAUACUCCUCGGCUUCAUGCUCUCUCUCUACGCCUGCCUCUGUUUUGCUGCAUACCAAGAGCGCAAGAAAUGGACAGACGCGAACGAUCUCUCUUGGGAAAUCACACAAUACGACCUGGGCCGCGGCUACAGCUAUGGCGGCGGCUACAGCUACGGUGGAGGCUACGACUACGGCGGUGGCUACUCAGACAACCGUCUCAUACGAUGGCUCGCAGACGACGUCUUGCAGCUCACAAACGCGCCAUACAGUUAA